AGCUCAGUCACACUGAUUAUAAUUUUGAUUGUCAUUCCGCUCGAAAUAAAAAGGUAUUUUCUCGAGUAAAAGCAGUAAAAAGAAGAUAUAAAUACGCAAUGGAUCUGGAUUUGGCACGCAACCUGCCACGCGCUGGCUUCAACUUUGACAACUGCAAGCGAAAUGCGACACUUCUGAGUGGGGGUUUCAAGCCGCCGACCACAACCAAAACGGGAACCACCAUUGUUGGCAUAAUUUACAAGGAUGGUGUGGUCCUGGGAGCCGACACCCGCGCCACCGAGGGUCCCAUUGUAUCUGACAAGAACUGCGCCAAGAUCCAUUAUCUGGCCAAGAAUAUAUACUGCUGUGGUGCAGGAACUGCGGCCGACACCGAAAUGACUACCGAUCUCAUUUCGUCCCACUUGGAGCUGCACCGCCUCAGCACCGAGCGAGAGGUGCGCGUGGUGGCCGCCAACACCAUGCUGAAGCAAAUGCUUUUCCGCUACCAGGGUCAUAUCAGUGCUGCCUUGGUGCUGGGCGGCGUGGAUAAAACUGGGCCCCACAUCUAUUCCAUUCAUCCUCAUGGCAGCUCCGACAAGCUGCCCUAUGCCACCAUGGGGUCCGGAAGCCUGGCCGCCAUGUCUGUGUUCGAGAGCCGCUGGAAGCCCGACCUGUCCGAGGAGGAGGCCAAGUUGCUCGUACGCGAUGCAAUCGCGGCUGGUAUUUUCAACGACUUGGGCUCGGGCUCGAACGUUGAUUUGUGCGUGAUACGCAAGGACAGCGUGGAAUAUCUUCGCAACUACGAGCUAGCCAACAAGAAGGGUAAGCGCCAGUUGGACUAUCGCUUUAACAUUGGCGCAACACAAGUUCUCCAUUCCACCACCAAGGACAUGCACAUCACUGAGCGCAUCGAGGUGGUGCCCAUGGAGACGUCCUAAGGGAGCUAUUAGUUUUCUUUGCUUUCGCAUACUUAUUAUAAAACCGAAAUAAGAUUUUUUUGUGGAUUGGUUCAAUAAAUGGAGCAAUGCUUCAAUUUAA